CACGUGACCCUGUCUGCGAGGUCACGUGACUGAAGGGCGCUAGUGUUUACCUCGGGAGCCCCAGAGAGGACUCUCCAGAACCACGUCCAGCCCGUAGCCCACCAUGACCGCUCUGACCGCGACCCCCCCGGCCAUCUGCCUGCUGCUCCUCGGCCUGGCGAGCCGCUGCUCCGGGCUCCACAUCCCGCCGCACGACGCCGUGGCCCGGGUAGCGCGCUUCGUGGCCAACCAGGUGACCUGGGCCUCCAUGGCCACCAUCUCCUCCCACGACCCGGUCCGCGGACAGCCCUUCUCCAACGCCUUCUCCGUCAGCGACGGGCCGCUGGGCCGCGGCUCCGGGGUGCCUUACCUCUACCUCACCCGCAUGGAGGUCUCCGUCCAGGACCUGAAGGUGAACCCCCAGGCCUCCCUCUCCAUGUCCCUGGCCCAGACGGACUACUGCGCCCAGCAGGGCUUCGACCCCCAGAGCCCGCUGUGUGCCCACGUCAUCCUGUCAGGGUCCGUCCUGCAGGUCAACGACACUGCGGAGGCAGAGUUUGCCAAGAAGUGGCUGUUCUGGCGUCACCCCGAGAUGGUGGACUGGCCCUCCGACCACGACUGGUUCUUCGCCAAGUUCAACAUCAGCCAGGUGUGGGUGCUGGACUACUUUGGGGGGGUGAAGACCGUAACCCCUGAAGAAUACUUCCAAGCCACGCCCUUCAGGAAGCACCCCCACUCCGGGUGAACUGGCCGUCGCCGCGGCGACCCGCUGGCGCCCUCUGACCCCUGCCCCCGUCAGUAGUGAUUGAGUCGGGGGGGGGGGGGGAGAGGGAGUUCCGGAGGUGUGGUCCGUCCGUCCGUCUGUCCGUCCGUCCAAACCACUCGGGGUUUGGUUGUGUGCAUCCGUCCUGAGGCCCCGGCCGCUGUCGCCAUGGCGACGGCAGGCGGAACACUUCCUGUUCCUUUCAGCGUGUGUUGAUAGCAUCUCGUGGCGAGGAGGCGGGGGGGGGGUGAGCAGCCGCAGAGCAGGAAGUGGACCUCGUAGCUGCCGCUCCACGUUGGCUGAUUGAAGCCACUUCUGUUUACGACCGGAAACCCAGUGAACCAAACUCCACUAGGCUUUACUUCACUGGGCUUUACUCCGUAAGGCUUUACUCCACUAGGCCUUACUUCACUAGGCUUUACUCCGUAAGGCUUUACUUCACUAGGCUUUACUUCACUGGGCUUUACUCCGUAAGGCUUUACUCCACUAGGCCUUACUUCACUAGGCUUUACUCCGUAAGGCUUUACUUCACUAGGCUUUACUUCACUGGGCUUUACUCCGUAAGGCUUUACUCCACUAGGCCUUACUUCACUAGGCUUUACUCCGUAAGGCUUUACUUCACUAGGCUUUACUUCACUGGGCUUUACUCCGUAAGGCCUUACUCCACUAGGCCUUACUUCACUAGGCUUUACUCCGUAAGGCUUUACUUCACUGGACUUCACUCCACUAGGCUUUACUCCACUAGGCCUUACUUCACUGGACUUCACUCCACUAGGCUUUACUUCACUGGGCUUUACUCCGUAAGGCUUUACUUCACUAGGCUUUACUUCACUGGGCUUUACUCCGUAAGGCUUUACUCCACUAGGCCUUACUUCACUAGGAUUACUAAUCUGCUGUUUCUACUGUCUGAUAUAAAAGCCAUUCCUUAUGAGGGAAUCAUUUUCAAUGAUCUUAUAUUACACUAUACUUUAUAUUAUACUCAACAAUUAUUUGUGAUUAUAUUUUUGUGUCAAUUAUAACCAACUAACACUUUGUAUGGAUUUAUAGUAAUAAAGUUU